AUGUGGCAGGCUCGUGGCCUACAUAAGCGCCCGGCGUGUGCUGGUGCCGAGCCCCGGCAGAUGCGCCUGCGAAGCCAUGGCCAGGCUGACGGGCACCGGGCCCGGCCGCUGCUGGGGCUGUGCUGCUGCCUUCCUCCUCCUCAUCCUCACCGUGCAAGCAGCCCAAAGAGCCGACCUGAGCGGUGAGGCCACAGCUGCCACCAUCAACCACUCCCUGACGCUGCUGCAGCGGCUGCAGGAGCUGCUGCACAACAGCAACAGCAGUGACUCUGUGCUGCGGGUGCACACGGCGGCCUCGGACGAGGCCAAGGUCUUCCACACACACCAGCUGCUGCUCAGCCUCCAGAGCGAGGUCUUCGAGAGCCUCCUGCGCAACCAGAGUGUCCUCACCCUGCACGAGCCUCCCGAGACCGCCGCGCUCUUCGAGAAGUUCAUCAGGUACCUGUACUGCGGGGGGGUCUCCAUCCUGCUGCACCAAGCCAUCCCCAUGCACCAGCUGGCCAGCAAGUACCGGGUCUGGGGGCUGCAGCGCGGCGUGGCCGACUACAUGAAGAGCCACUUGGCCAGCGAGUCGAGCCAGGGGCACGUGGUGAGCUGGUACCACUAUGCCGUGCGCGCCGGGGACAUGGCGCUGCAGGAGAGCUGCCUCCAGUUCCUGGCCUGGAACCUGUCUGCGGUGCUGGGCAGUGCCGAGUGGGGCUCGGUGAGCGUGGAGCUGCUGCUGCUGCUGCUGGAGCGCUCUGACCUGGUGCUGCAGAGUGAGCUGGAGCUCUUCACCGCCGUGGAGGGCUGGCUGGGCCGGCGGCAGCCGGAGCCUGCCGUGGCCGAGCGGGUGCUGCGCGCCAUCCGGUACCCCAUGAUCCCCCCCAACCAGCUGUUCCGGCUGCAGGCGCAGUCGGCGGUGCUGGCGCGGCACCGCACCGCGGUGCAGGACCUGCUCUUCCAGGCCUUCCAGUUCCACGCAGCCUCCCCCCUCCACUUCGCCAAGUACUUCGAGGUCAACUGCAGCAUGUUCGUGCCGCGCAACUACCUGGCUCCCGGCUGGGGCUCCCCGUGGGUCAUCACCAACCCCGCGCGCGACGACCGCAGCACCAGCUUCCAGACGCAGCUGGGGCCCAGCAGCCACGACGCCGGCAGGAGGGUGACGUGGAACGCGCUGUUCUCGCCGCGCUGGCUGCCCCUCAGCCUGCGUCCCGUGUACUCGGACACGGUGCCGGGCGCGGUGCCGGCCGCGCGCAUCGAGGACGGGCGGCCCCGGCUCGUGGUCACCCCGGCCAUGAGCAGCCCUGACUUCGCCGGGGUCAGCUUCCAGAAGACGGUGCUGGUGGGGGUGCGGCAGCAGGGCCGGGUGCUGGUGAGACACGUGUACAGCUUCCACCAGAGCUCCGACGAGGCGCCCGACUUCCUGGCGCAGGCCGAGCUGCAGAAGCGCGGCUCCGAGUACCUCAUUGACAACGCUCUGCACCUCCACAUCAUCGUCAAACCCGUCUACCACUCCCUCAUCCGGGUGAGGAAGUAACGAGGGGGACGGUCCCGGUGCCGCACUGCUCCCAGCCCCGCGGGGCUCCUGUUCGGUUCUGCCCAUGGAGGUCCCUGUGCUGGGGAUCCCAGGGCUGAGCUCUCCCCAUCCCCAUCCCUCCCCUGCUGUCCCCCUGCCAUGUCCCGUCUCCAUUGCUCCACCACUGUCCUGGGUGCCCGUGGGGAGCCGGAUGAAGAGGGACCUUUGCCCAGGACCUGUAGUGACAGGAAAGGGGAACGGAUUUAAGCUGAGAGAGGGUAGAUUUAGAUUAGAUUUUAGGCAGAAGCUGU